UAUAAUUUAGGUCCUGUGAUUAGCUUGUACAGUAACUUGUAUGUAAUUGGCAAUAGCCUAAGGAAUAAUCAUCUGAUAUUUCUCACUUAGUAGAAACUUGUUAAGUUUUCUAACAAAACCCCCUUUGCCUGUGACUUGUGUUUUUCAUCUGGUUUCUACAUUUGCACUCCACAACUCUCAAUGGCUACUCCAACAACGAAUAUGAAGAAAAUGAACAAGAAGGUUAGUAGUAACUACAUACCCGAUCACCUUUCCUUUUCUAUUCUCUCUAAACUUCCUGUUAAAUCUCUGAAGCGUUUUUCUUGCGUUCACAAAUCAUGGUCUCGUUUAACUCAAAACCCUAAUUUCAUCAAUAUCUUCCGCAACAAUCUCAUAUCCAACUCUCAUCCACUCUACCGUGGCGACGGUGAUGUCUCUCUCGUUCUUAACCAGUUUUUAGGUAGUUAUGAUUGGAACAUUUAUUUGAUUUCUGGAAAAAAUUUUGAGAAAAAAGUGAAAUUGGAUUUGCCACUUCCAUUUCAUCUUCCACAACUUGGUGUUAUUCCUAUUCGUGUUGUAGAUUCUGCAAUUAAUGGCAUUCUGUGUAUCUAUGAUUAUGAAGGAGUUCAUACAACAACUGUAUUAUGGAAUCCUGCCACUGAGGAAAAAAUUGUCAUUCCUCCUGGUCAUGCUGAGUUUAAAUCCGAGUUUAUGACUCAAAUUUGUCCUCAUGGAUUUGGCUAUGAUCGGGUUGGAGAUGACUAUAAAAUCAUUCAACAUGUGAAUUAUUAUACUAUAGAUGAUGAAAAUCAUUUGCUUCAUUUGGAAGAUGUCAUGCCCGACCCUUUCUGGGAAAUAUAUAGUUUAAGAAGUAACUCAUGGAGAAAAAUCGAUUUUGAUAUGCCAGUGAUUUAUUCGAUUUUUAAUAGUGCUGUGUACUUCAAUGGGAUGUGUCAUUGGUUGGGGGAAGCAAAUACCUUGCUAGUGUCAUUUAAAUUAUGCAAUGAAGCGUACUUUAUUACACCUUUACCCUUAGAAGAUACGCAGCAUGAUGAUGAUUUUGAAGUUAAUCUGACAAUGUUGAAUGAGUCUGUUGCUAUUAUAACUAAUUGGAAGAAUACUACGUCUUUCCAAAUAUCAAUUUUGGGUGAAUUUGGUGUCAAAGAAUCAUGGAUUAGACUCUUCAAUGUUGAACUCUUGUCUAGCAUUCAGGGACUUAUCGGAGCAGGGGAGAAGGGCAAUAUAUUUUUUAGAAGAGAAGAUGGUGAACUAGUUUGUUUUGAUUUAACUACUGGUUUGAUUGAGGAGAUUGGUAUUAAAGGAGAAAGCUAUUGGUGUCAAAUGGCAAUUUACAAGAAAAAUAUUCAUUUGAUUGGAGACAUAGGCAACUAAUUACUCUUCCAGCCAAUGCGUGAAGUUUUCACACUGGAGGUUUGUGAGUCUAGCUCUUAUAUGCAAAUUGGCCUGUCAAUUGUCAAUAUUAUAUGUAUUCUCAAGUAUACGAGACGUCAUACACAUGUUGUUAGAUACAAGUUUUCACUCUUGAAGAAAUAAAAGUUUGCUGUUAGAUACAUGUUGUUAGCUUGUUAUCUAUUGUUUUUUGGAAAUAUGUACUACAAUAUACAUGGAAUUGCAGUGCAUGUUUUGUAGCAGCUGUUUCUCUUGAUUCCAAGUUAGGAGGUUAGAUAAAUUUUACAGACUACAUAUGUUAAAGUAAUGAUGCUGCCACGGCUCUUCCUUUGAUUUAUUCGGCAUAUGGAAAAGGUGUGAUUAAUCUCUCAGGAAUAAUAUAUUUUCAUUUCUGCGUUUGAAUGGCUUUGUUUAUGUGCACCUGUAUUCUCUCUUAUGCAUAUUUAUUUCUCAUGACUUUACCACUUAGGCAUAUGGGUUAAAGUGUUGAGCAUAAAGUCUGAUUAAUAUCUUAGGAAUAGAAACAUGAGUGUCUGCUUGCACUUUACAUGUUUGUAUCUCAUCUAUUCGCUUCAAAUGGUCUAAGCAAUAACAGUACUUGGUAUUUUCUGCUAAGCACCUGUACCAUGUGUUCAAUCUUUAGGUAGUUUGUGCAGCAAUUGAAGAAGUUGAAACAUCCAUGACUUUCUUUUUAUGCUCAAGUUUCAGGAAGUUACUUUUUAGAUAGUUGUUUUUCUCAUUCUGAGUCACUCAAGCAUAUUGUGUUAACGUGUUGAGCCUAUUUGAGUAGUUGUCAUUAGUCAAUGGUUUCAUUUACUGUAAAAACAGUGGGAAUUGUUCUUGGGUUAGAGCUGUGUUGAAAUUUAAAUUUGUUGGUUAUAGGAAUGAGUAAUGGUUAAAGGAGAUGAGCCAAAUGUGGUUUCAGAUCAUUGUGAAAUCUGAGUUAGCAUUGCUCUCAAAAUAAUGAUACUUCCAUGGGCCAUGGCUCUUUCUUCCUUUGAUUUUGGUAAGCAUAUGGAAAAGAUGUGAUUAAUAUUAAUCCCUCAAGUAUAGUAUUAAUAUCCUCUCAUUCAGUGUUUAUAUGGCUGUGUGCACCUGUAUUUUCUCCUGUGCAUAUUUGCAUCACAUAUCAAUUCAUUUCAAGUGGUAAUAAUUUGGGAGGUUCUGCUAAGCACUAGUAGUCUGGUACCAUGAUGUGUUCGUUCACUCUUUAUUUUGCGCCUUACUGCUAUGCCCGUUUGUUUCUCCGCAUAACAUCACAAAGCUUGUUGCCGCUUGUGAGUUCUCACAAGCAGCCGGAGAUUGGGGAUUUUAAGCGCCCGCUCAUGAGAAAAGGAUGGAUUAUCCUAACAUCCGCCAUGCACCUGCUCCAUCACCGCAUCAUUAUUCGCACCCCAAACGCUAGUUACAUCCUCAUCAUGGACAGAAAUAUGCGCCGACACACCCACAACGACUGCGGAAACAUCCUUCUUAGAACCCAGAGUGUUCCCAGCAGAGUGAACACC